AUGGAAAUAACAUUGAAAGGAUUCCCCAUAAAAGUAGCCAGUAUUCCAUGGAGGAACAACAACCUGAGCUCACUGCACUCCGAGCCCCCUCUGUCUGAGCAAGGAGAGACCAUCAUCGGAGUGUACCUGCUGAUACUGGGAUGGCUGUCAUGGUUUGGGAACAGUUUGGUGAUUUUCGUCCUGUACAGACAAAGAGCCUCACUGCAGCCAACAGACAUGCUCACUCUGAACCUGGCCAUCUCAGACGCUAGCAUCUCCGUGUUUGGAUACUCCAGAGGAAUCUUCGAAAUAUUCAACAUCUUUAAAGACAACAAAUACCUCAUCACGUGGAUAUGGACAUGCCAGGUCGAUGGUUUCUUUACACUGCUGUUUGGCCUUGCUAGCAUCAACACUUUGACAGUUAUCAGCAUUACGAGAUAUAUAAAAGGAUGCCAUGCAAACAAAGCUCAGUGCAUCAGUAUGAGCACCAUCGCCGUAUCUCUCGUCUGUAUUUGGACCGGGGCAGCGUUUUGGUCUGCUGCUCCUCUGGUGGGAUGGGGCAGCUACACAGAUCGAGGCUAUGGCACAUGUGAAGUGGACUGGUCCAAAGCUAACUACUCCACCAUUCACAAAUCCUACAUCAUAUCGACUCUGAUCUUCUGCUUCUUCAUCCCGGUGGUUAUCAUGCUCUCCUCCUACGUCUCCAUCAUCAACACCGUCAAAAGCACCAACGCCAUGUCCGCAGAUGGCCUCCUCACCAUGCGACAGAGGAAGGUGGAGAGAGACGUCACCCGGAUUUCCAUUGUAAUCUGCACUGCUUUCAUCAUGGCCUGGUCCCCAUAUGCUGUGGUAUCUAUGUGGUCCGCCUGGGGUUUCCAAGUGCCGAACACCACCAGCAUCAUCACUCGAAUGUUCGCUAAAUCUGCCAGUUUCUACAACCCACUUAUCUACUUUGGCAUGAGCUCCAAAUUUCGGAAAGACGUCUCUGUCCUCAUCCCGUGCGCCCGAGAUCGCAAAGAUGUGGUCCGCCUGAAAAAGUUUAAGAACAUCAAAGCCAAAGGUGAAGCCCCACCUGCUCCACAGCCCGUGUCACUUCCUGUCCGGGCGAAAAAGCAGGAAGUAAGAUUUGUGACGGAGGAGAAGUGUAAAAAUGACAGUGAUUCGGGAGUGAACAGCCCCCCCGAGACACCCCCAUCGGGACCUCAGGACAUCAAUGUGAAUGUCCCGUACCAUAUUGAGACAUCAGAGUACGAGUGUGACCGGCUCUGAGUCUUCUCUCCUAC